UUGUCGAACAAGACGAAAUUGACACGCGCGCUCACCACAUAGAACCGCCAAACAAUCUCCUUUACCUUUUGGGAGAGUCGAGAGUCUAAACCCUUUCUCGUUCGUGAUCGGAGGACAAUGGCGAACUGUAAAUCGGUUAUGGCGGUGAUUAGGGCUGCGAGGCCCACGUUUAGGAACAAUUACGACAAGAUUGUGUUCUCAGUUCAUUCGUCCUUCCUCGCUUCGGGUUACGUGCUCACGGCCACUGGACCCUCGGCGUUCUCCGAUGACGCACUGUCCUCUCCCUCCACCGAUGAGGUAGGAAUUGAUCACUGGAAUGAACACGACGAUGAGUAUGCUUUCGUGUAUGUAAACGCUGAGUCUUCGAAGAAGGUGCUCGUUAAGUGUCUUGUUAUGAACGGUAAAUUGCUUGUUGAUGCUUUAGCUGACGGGGCACCGGAACCUGUCCAUCUCGAAAUUGAUGUUGAUAAGUAUGUUGCUGAGAAUGGAGGCACCAACUAUUCUGAGCAUUAUAAGAAUUUGGAGAAUCUGGUGAAGUGCCUGAACUCAGAGAUUUUGUCUAAAUUGGACGCAUCGCCAAAGCCCAGCUCAUCAAGUAAUCUUACAAGGUCAGAACCACCCGAUCAAGAAUCGCGGCAUAAUGUAAAUGAACCUGGAUUUGGAUUUGGAUUUGUGGACCCAAGUGGACGUCAUAUCCAUCCGUCAGGAGUUGUAGUCCCUCCUGUUUAUCCACCAGGUGGUGAUACUGAUCGUUUUCCGAGGGUUGGUGGAGAUAGGGAUCUUUAUCCGGGGCCUGGUGCUGGAAUAUAUCCACGGGGUGAUUUUGGAACCGGUGGGGACAUGCUUGUAGGACCUAAUGACCCUCGAUGGUUUGGCGGAAGUGAUGGAAGGCCUGGUUUCUUUGGAGGACGAUCGGGCGUUCCUCCUGGUGCUCGUUUUGAUCCCUAUGGUCCACCUGAUGUUCCUGGUUUGGAGCCUAAUCGUUUUAUCAGAAACCCGCGGAGGCCCCCAGGUGGUAUUCAUCCCGAUCUGGAGCAUUUGAAUGAUGGAUCAGACUUUAUAUGAGCCUUUUGGGAACUCUCCUCUAGCCUCUCUUUUUUACUCUUUUUUUUUUCUCGCUCCUCCUGUGUAAUGUUUAUAGGAUAUUCGAUAAGGUAUCAACCUCACAUUUUGCUUGUGUGGUGUUGAUUUGUGUAACUAUUUCCUCAAUUUUUAUUCGGUCGUGAAUGAAAUGCUAGUUAUAUGUGGCAUGGUUGUUUUA